CAAAGUGAGGAGCUCUCGCGCACAGCCUGUAAGGCGUUUUGUUGCUUCCACACCGUUUCUACAAAUAUCGUCUUCCUCUCUCUCUCUCUGUCUUUCCGCUCAGGUCUCUCUCUGUACUCUCUCUCUCUCUCGCUCUGGCUCUGGAGGAAGUUUCUGUGGUGCUUGGUUCUCGCCAUGGCUGGAAAGAGGAGGAGGAAGCUGAAAUCGCUGGCAGAAACGAUGACGGACAGUAAAGGAGUUGUGACUGGGGAGAAGGAGACGUUGCAGCUACAGUCAUGGUCUGACCUUCCAAUGGAUCUUUUGGAAAUGAUUGUGUUACGUCUGACUCUAAAGGAGAAUAUUCGUACUUCUGUUGUUUGCAAGAGAUGGCACUCGGUUGCUGUCUCUGUGCGAGUGUUAAUUCCGUCCCCUUUUAUUAUGUACUUUCCCAAAUUUGGUGACAUGUAUGAAUUGUAUGACCCAUCACGGCGCAAGACCUAUUCCCUUGAGUUGCCAGAACUGUGUGGUGCUAGGGUCUGUUAUACCAAAGAUGGUUGGUUAUUGCUAUACAGACCCAGAACUCACCGUGUGUUCUUCUUUCAUCCUUUCACCAGGGAGUUAAUCAAACUUCCAAGAUUUGAGAUGACUUUUCAGAUAGUUGCCUUCUCGUCUGCCCCAACAUCACCAAGCUGUGUUGUCUUUACAGUUAAGCACAUCAGUCCGACAAUUGUUGCUAUUAGCACUUGUCAUCCGGGGGCGACAGAGUGGACGACUGUUAAUUACCAAAAUCGCUUGCCCUUUGUUUGUAGCAUUUGGAAUAAGAUUGUUUUCUGCAAUGAACUCUUCUAUUGUCUUAGUCUCACUGGUUGGCUAGGGGUUUUUGACCCUCGACAACGCACUUGGACUGUUCUAGUUGUGCCUCCACCCAAAUGCCCUGAUAAUUUUUUUGCAAAAAAUUGGUGGAAGGGAAAAUUUUUGGUGGAGCAUGAAGGAGAAAUUCUGGUCAUAUACACAUGUUGUAAUGAAAACCCUUUGAUUUUUAAGCUGGAUCAGACGAACAUGGUCUGGGACGAGAUGAAAACCCUUGAUGGUGUGACACUGUUUGCAAGUUUCUUGUCAUCUCAUUCAAGAAUCAACCUCCCUGGAAUAAAGAGAAAUAGUGUCUAUUUCCCUAAAGUUCGUUUUUAUGGAAAGCGUUGCAUAUCAUACUCUCUUGAUGACUGUAGAUACUAUCCAUGUAAGCAGUGUCAUGACUGGGGAGAACUAGAACCUUUUGACACCAUUUGGAUUGAACCGCCCAAAGAUCUCUCAGGCAUGCUAUUGACAUAGUGAUUUUUUACAGGUUGAAUACUUUGAUGGUCGUGUUGAAAAAUCCUCCGUGUUCCCCACAUUAUCAGGAGCCCUUAAAUCAGAUUAAGGCUUUUUUGAAGCUUGGAUGAGGCAACUACAGUGCUGCGUGCACUGCACUUCUGCAGAAAGUAAGCUUGGUCAAAAGUAAGCAUGGCCCUUUUUGCUUGAAUGCACCUGUGAAAGAACAAAGGAACUUCGCAACACCUUUUGCUGGUGCAGCAUCCAUAUUUAUUAGAAUUUAGGUUCCCUGGCAAUCCCAUUUUGCUACUGGGCAUGAGCUUAGCAUGCCGGUGAUUAGUUGUAAAAGUUGCCAAUGUGUCUCAGGAUCGACAUCUGUUUAGCUAUUUUCGUUCUGGUAUUCCCCAUCUGUUAAAAGUGUUGAAUGAAAUGUGGUUAUGGCGCAUGGACAAGAAGAGAUGCAUGCAUUACUUUUAGGUUCAUUAGGAGUUAAAAUUUAUUUAAAAUAACAGUGUACUUGUGUAUCGCAUCUUAUUGUGCUGUUGACUUGAAUCCUCUCAAGACAUUUUUAUGGUGGAUAAACAAGAAAAUAAUUCCAUUGUCAUA